UGCAUGGCAGUGACCUAUAAGUGGUCACCUAAUUAAGUCAUUUACUCCAUAAUAUAAACCAAAGCAGAAAAGUAUGAAGCUUACUCGUAAACAUGAAUUUAAAAAUUGUAUACAUUUUUUGCUACUUUAUAGCAAGCAGUUUUGGUUUUUUCUAUAAACCUUCCAUGGAAACUGGUAUUAGUGUUGUUCGGAAAGCACCUAGAUGGAACAUGCCCUGGUUGGGUGUUGGUGUAUGGUGCAAUGGAUGUCCACCCCGAGGUUGUGAGGACGACGAAGCAAUAAUACAUGGGUACUGUUGUGGAUGUAAGCAUGUGUUUGAUAAUUUACCGAUACUAUGUCCAGAGUUUCUCCAAUGCCCUCUCAACUUGCACGGCCUCUGUCACGACUAUGAAUAUAUGAUGAGAUGUUGUUGUUGAUUCUCCACUGUUUGAUUGGUAAAACAUUUUUAAAAAUGUCUUUGACUUAUUAAUCAUUUACGGAUAUAUACUCGAGUUUCCAGUUUGGGAAUCCAACAAUUCCAGAGCAUUUUUGUUUGCCACGAUGUGUAAUAAUUCUCGUUUAUAUCCUACUUAUUUAAAUGGCAAUAUUUGGAUAAAUUUGGUAUUGUAAAUAAAACAUCCUUAAUAGCAUACUGUUUUAAUUUCUAAGAAACCCUCAAUACAGAAUUACAGUGGGUUAGCGGAUCUAAUUAAACUUAACUCUUCACAUAACAGUACAAAAAUAAUUAAGUUUCAUACGAUCAAUUAAUGAAAAUUCGCAUGCAAUUUUUCAAAUGCCACAUGUAUUAUUGCGUUUAAAUAAAAUCAUAAUACUUAAGACAGAACUUUAAAAAUUAACGUGAAAGUUGAAAAAUCGCACGACAACCACUGUAGUGAUAUUAAUGAAUGUCUUUUAAUACUAUGUUCCCGCUGAAUCAAAAUUGAUGACUAAACAUUAUAACUAUACAUCCGUCUAACACUAAGGCCAAUUUGCUAUAUCUACAAUUUUGUGGUAAGUAAUGAAGAUAUGAACCCGUACAACGGGUUGAUACUAGAAAUCUGGAACUAUUUUAGUUGUAUCACACACGGCGUUAAAGUCAAGCAAAUCGGGU